CUUUCACUUCUUCGACAGGUCAGCUUUGAUAAACUUGUUUGAGACGAUUCCAUUCAAAAUACAAAAAAUCCUAGUUACAUUUCCUGUAUAACUUGAUCUAUAUGAAAUGUGGCAAUGCAAAAUUUCUUUGUUAUUCAAUCUAGCCCAGGAGAAAAAGCCCGUCUCCUUAUUCUCAUUAUUCAGCUGUUUAAACAUUCAGUCAUCCACAAGGUAGUAGGUGCAAAUGACAAGAAUCUCGGUCAUUUCCUUUAUUCAUCCUAUCGAGACGAGUCGCAUAAAGAUACCAUAUCGGUCUUUCUUCUUCGCCACGAGCAAUAAUAAACGUUGCGAAACCCCGAUUGUCAAUAUGUGUCAACCCUUUGAUUUAACGAACCGCGUCAGCCCCCCCCCCUUUCAACAACCAAAAGGUCCGUUUACAAAAAAGGCUUUGUACCUUUUACCUAUUUGAUAGAAAAUGUUCAUAAGCCAAGUCCUGCAGUGGAAGGUUGAAUUAUAUCCCUGCUUCUCAACAGUUGUUUUUUUACAACCACCAGAACAGUCUUAUGAGAAGAAAUAUUUUUAGCUUCAUACGUUACUUAUCUCGUACUUAGGUUAAUUCACCCUACCAAUGACAAGCGAUGUAAAUGUCUCGAGACGUCUGAGUCUCGAGCCCUUGUGGACCAGCCAUCGUAGUCUCGGAGGCGCCACGAAGACGGUGUUUAGGCCAACCCCCAUAAACGUCAACCUAUCUCCGUCACCCGUGUCACCCAAAAGCCUCCCGGGUCCGAGUCCAAUCCAUCCCGCGUCCUACGAUGGUUCGAUGCGAAGGCAAGAUAGAGCAUUAGUCAAUAGUCUUGAUCACAGAGCGAAGCAUGUGAUCAAUAACUCGGCACCUCUAACUCCUAUUGAAGAAUACUCUCCGUCCCCCCUAGUUGCGCGGCUCGAAAGGAUCAGCAUAUUACCACCAAUGAGCAUAGCGCAUAGUUUGCUGACACCCGCUUCACCGGAUGUUGAGCCGCAAGGGGACUAUCAACUCUCUUCCGAAAGGUUUCGGUCAGUAACUACGCGUGAUGGUUUAUUAGCUCCUCAGGAUCGAAAUCCUAGCUAUUAUGCCACAGACAGUAGCAGCUUGUCCCCUGUCUCACCACGAAGGAACUCAGCGCAAGAUCAGCUUCGAACUUGGGGUCACGUCUAUUACGGCAAUGCCAAAACAGCUGACGCUUUCAUCAUCGCUCGAUCUCUCCGUCGGCCUAGUAACGGUUCCCAAGCUGAGACCAAGGGGCUAGAAGUCAGAAAGCUAGCAGAAAUAAGCAAGCAUGAUGCGCCGUUAGGGAAACGAGUAACGGUCCGUGCAAUCGUUCGGCCUCGAGCUUUGGAUAAACCUUCCUUUCUAAUCCAGAGGAACUUCAACAUAGAGGAGCUUCGAGCUACGAUACCUGAUCCUCCUUCACAACUACCAAUCCACAGUCCAGGUGGGCUAAGCCCCUUACCGGUGUCACCCCGUAGUGGAGUCGCCAUUCCUUCGCAAACAAGAGCUAGGCGAUCAAGUAGUGUGCGUUCGGGCACAUUACUUCGGGCAGGCUCGAGUAGCUUAGAUUUGGAGAGUUUGAUAAGAGACGCGAAAGCUGUACCUAUACACCUUCGGUAUGCUCGCGCUUAUCUCCCUGUUGUAGCGGCUCUAUUGCAGUCUGGGCAUGUCCAUGAGGGUGAUGUCAUAUACCUACCUAUGCCUCACGCCGAGGUAUGGCCGCAGACUGCACAAUACGUGUACACGGGGCAAGGUGAGCUGACAGAGGCAGUUAAGGAGAACAUAUUGUACCUAGCUGGGAAGGUUUAAUUCAUUACUUCACGGUGCACGUUUUGCUUUCUAUUAUGAGUACACGAAUUACUUCGUUUUCUAGGGAAUUCAGGAUAUCAAGCAAGCUUGGAGCUGGUAACAUCGGGUAAAAUAAGGUAAGUUGGUUAGCACAUGGUAAGGGUGAAGGCAAAUUUACCCAAGGAAUGAGAAUACCACGAGCACAUAAUGUGUAAUGGUCUUAUGUAUUUAUUUCAAAAUUUCCUACUUUGUUACUAUCUACUUUAUGAAAGGUCCAGGAGAGCUCAUAUACUUAGUUACCUAGGUAGAAUGUUUUAUGGGCUUUAUACAUACCUUUAGUCUA